AUGCAUGGAAUAAAGUACAUAUAAAUUUGCACGAUAAAUUAUAAAAAUAUCAUUUUAGAUUCAAUAUUGACAAUAUUUUAUAUGUUUAUAUUUUUCCAAACAUUUUAAUAUUUUAAUUAAUAGAAGAUUCAGUUGCUUUAGAUAAACAAAUAUAUAAACAAAAAAUAUAUUAUCUUAGUAACUUGUGAUUGUAAUUGCUAGAUUUUUAGAUAGAUAAUUUUGUAUGACAUCAUCAUCCAUUUUUGUUACAAACAAGUAGUAAUGUAAUAUUAGCCCAAAAAUGUUGCUACUUUGUAAUAUAGACUAUGAAAUAUUCCAUAAAUAAAAUUGUUUUUAUAUAUAAAACUAUUUAUUUAAUGAUACAGACACGAUUUCAGUGUUUACAAUAUAUAACUAUUUUUAAGUAUAUUUUCAAAUUAAUAAUUUCAUGUUAAUAAUUAAUUACUUUUAGAACAUUCAUAUUGAAAUUACACUUUAAUUGUAAAAUGGAUUGUAUGUAAUCCAAUGUGCCCUAUCUUGUUCUGCUGCAGAUUUAUGAGUAGUAAAAAUACUUUUAAAUACUUCUGAUGCUUUGGGAUCUUUAGCAACACUGUAAUUGUCUUUAACCUUUUUAUAAGCUGGAUCUUCAGCUUCAGUUCUAUUACUAUUAACUUUAAUAGUACUAUUUCUAUCUUCUUUUUUCAAUUUUUUCUUGAGUACUUCCUCUUGUGUAACAUCUUGCGUUUGAUUAUCCUCAUUGUGUUUUUGUUUCUUACACUUUUUUUUGGCUGUCUUACGUAAUGCCGCAUUUUCCUCCAUUAAUUUAAGAUCAUCACCUUCCGCAUUUAUAAUAACAAUAUCUGUUUCAGUAAAAGAUUGUUGACAUUGAUGACAUAUCUGAAAUAGAAAUAUAAUAUAAGAGUCUCUAUAUAUAUAUAUACCUUUUCAUUAUUAUACUUGUGAUACAAGUACUUACUUUACUUUUGACUUCUUUAAGUGCCCUUUCACUCAUUACACAACCACAUGACCAUAAAAAACAAAAUUUAUAUUUUCCAUUCAUUUCUAGUCCAAUAAGUGGACAAAUGUACGGGCUUUUACUUUCAUCAGUAUAACAAUCUCCUUUUUUUGCUUUGUUACCAUCAAACACUGGAUUUGGUGUCAAAUUUAGGUUCUUCACAUCUUUCAAAGUCUUUAUAUGUUGUGCAGAUUCUGGAAGUGUGCUUCGGUCAAGAAGACCCUCUAAUACAGACUCUUUACUGUAGAGACGACCUAAUACACACCCAACUACUGGUGGUUGUAAUGGUAAUUGUUUAAUUGUGCAGUGUCUCCAUUUAAAUGCUAAUUCUGCUUCUUUAUCUUUCUGUAAUUAAUUGUAUAUAAUUAUACAUAGACGUAUAGCGUGACAAAAAGUUGAUUUUUGUAAACGUUUCACAAUCAACAAAAUUUUUUGUAUAUUUCACUAUUUUAGAAAAUCGAUAUGUAAUACGUAAAUUUUAUGUAUAAUUGAAUAAAAAAUUACCUGUUCUGGUUUCUUCUUGACUCUCACGAGUUCAUCUCUACGAGGAAUAGUUCCACCAUCACAACCCAUGAUAUAUCGUAGAAUAAGUUGAAAACAGUUACAAUUUUUAAUCCUAAGAAAAUCUGUCAAAUAUUAUGGAUUAUACUAUGUAACUCGUCAAAGACAAUAAGUGGAUAUGCGUAGCGUAUAUUACAGUGUUACCAACUUUCUUUAUACGACGAUGAUGUCUUGAAAUGUGAUUUAGCAAUAAGUAUGAUUUCAACUUUAAAAAAUAUAAAUUCUUGGUCACUAAUUUUUAUGUCAUAUAAAGAAAUUCUUUGUAACAAGAUAUUUAAAAAAGGGGAACCAACGUUGACUUAACACUUGAAUCGGAGUUUCAACGAAUGAACUUUUUGGUUCGAUUGGCAAUAGUAUUGGCUAUUACGAAUGGUUUCUAAAUCAGCUGAUAAUUCUUUUAGUUUAUGCUUUAGUUGCCAGGCGGGUCGCAAGACAGCAGCACACAAUUGUCAUCACGUGAGGUCACAAUGGUUUCUGAUAGUUUCGACGUCUAAGUGAUUAGAACAGCGAAUGUUUUGAAUUUCUCAAGAAAUUCAAGCAUCUGUCGUGUUCUGCAAACAAAGGUACAAUUCAACGUAUCUGGAGUAAGUAGAAACAGUUCGUUUCUUACUUGUAAUGAAUCAAUAACUGACAAAUUACAGCUAAACAGAGAGUGUUUUUAACCCGUGUUUUACAACUAAAAAGAUAUUGAUCACUGUCAAAUAGUCGUAAUAGUAAAUUUCGAGUCCUUCGAUACGAUACGUCGUGCAUUUGUUACAUUGGUUGAUAUUAGGCUUCCAGAUCAUUCGAAACUAAUACAUAAUAAAACGUAUUCUUGAUGAAAACUAUUAGAUCCAUUGUAUUAUCGAUUUUAUACUGAUUAGUGUAAUGAGUUGGCGUCAUUAAGUUAUUUCAAUGAUAAAUUCGAUUUUAUACUUGGUAUUUCGCGUGAUUUAGCCAUCAAUUCAAGGCCAUAGUUCUUCGUACGUAAUUUUACGAACACUUGUCAUUUCCCUAUAUUGAUCGUUCUGUAAGUUCGGCGCGCCAUUCUUGCACUUAGUAUAUGUCACGUGGAAAGCGCGCCUAAUUACAUAAUGCCACAUUCAAAGAAGUACGUCGUGCCACACCCCCUUCUUUUAUUUCGAUUUUUUUAAGCUUUAUGAAUGUUUAAAUUGUUUAGAAUUUUGAAUUCCUUACUUCCAUCUGUUUACGCAACGAAUAUACGAAUGAUAUUCGUAGAAUUAUAAUGCUAAUUCAGUAGAUUAGUAACGUUUGAUAACGAAGCAGGUGGUUGUUGACAAAACCUUUCCUAUAGCUCAAUUUUCAAUUUGAAAACUUUAUUUAUUAAAAAUCAGUUAUGCAAUUAUUUUAAUUAUAAUAUUUAUUAUAAUUAAUUAUAUAAUAAUUAUUAACUAUAAAAUAAGAACAUAAAUAUGCCAUUGAACUUGAAUCAUAUAAAAACUAUUUAAUAUUUCUGCAAUAUUUCCGAGUUGAAUAAAUGCGUAUACGGAAAAUUACUUGAUAUUUAUUACACGUUCAAUUUGUUAUAUAAAAAUGUAAUAUUUACUCAGUAUGAAUAAAAUUAUUGCAUAAAAUAUAAUAUAAAUAAAUAGGUAUGAUAUAUUAUAAAAUAUAAUUUUUCAGGUAUCCUAAAUCAUCUAAUUUAA